CGGCCGUAUGGCGGCGACGGCGCUCCGCCUGUGCCGCGCUGCGCGCCUGCUGCCGGCUGCUGCCGCCACGGCCCCAAACACGGCCCCAAACGCUGCCCCAGCCCCGCGGCCGCCUCCGCGCCUCGCCUCCUCUUUCUCCUCCUCCUCUUCCUCCUCUGCUUCCUCCUCGUCCUCCGCUUCCCGCCGCUCUCCACCGCAGCCCGUCAUGCAGGCCUUCCAGUACCCCGAGGUGUACCGGGACGAGACCGCCGUGUCGGAUUACCAUGGAUGUAAAAUCAGCGAUCCAUACUGCUGGCUUGAAGAUCCUGACAGUGAGCAGACGAAGGCAUUUGUGGAUGCUCAGAACAAGCUCACAGUACCCUUCCUCGAGCAGUGUCCUGUAAGAGGACUGUUCAAGGAACGAAUGACUGAACUCUAUGAUUAUCCUAAGUACAGCUGCCACUUCAAGAAAGGAAAAAGGUAUUUUCACUUCUACAAUACAGGGCUCCAGAACCAGCGAGUUUUAUAUGUACAAGACUCCUUGGAUGCCGAUGCCAAAGUUUUUCUUGAUCCAAAUAAGCUUUCUGAUGAUGGUACUGUGGCCUUACGAGGUUAUGCAUUCAGUGAAGAUGGUGAAUACUUUGCAUAUGGCCUGAGUUCUAGUGGUUCUGAUUGGAUUACUAUCAAGUUCAUGAAAGUAGAAGGUCCUGAAGAACUCCCAGAUACACUGGAGAGAGUUAAAUUCAGUUGCAUGGCAUGGACCCAUGAUGGAAAAGGCAUGUUCUAUAACUGCUACCCAAAACAAGAUGGGAAGAGUGAUGGCACUGAGACUUCCACUAAUCUGCAUCAAAAGCUGUAUUAUCACGUAUUAGGAACUAACCAGUCAGAAGAUAUACUGUGUGCUGAAUUUCCCGAUGAACCAAAAUGGAUGGGUGGAGCUGAGGUGUCGGAUGAUGGUCGAUACGUCUUGCUGUCUAUCAGAGAAGGCUGUGACCCAGUGAACAGACUGUGGUACUGUGAUCUACAGAAGGAGUCUCAGGGUAUAUCAGGAAUUCUUCAAUGGGUGAAGCUGAUAGAUAAUUUUGAGGCUGAGUAUGAGUACGUCACCAAUGAAGGAACAGUGUUCACUUUCAAGACAAACCGCCAUUCUCCGAAUUAUCGGUUAAUCAACAUCGACUUCAGUGAUCCAGAGGAAUCCAAAUGGAAAGCUCUUGUCCCUGAACAUGACAAAGAUGUUCUAGAAUGGGUUGCUUGUGUGAGGUCCAAUUUCCUGGUUUUGUGCUACCUGCAUGAUGUGAAGAAUAUCCUGCAGCUUCAUGACCUAGCCACUGGUGCACAUCUCAAGACUUUUCCCCUAGAAGUUGGUAGUAUUGUGGGAUAUAGUGGCCAAAAGAAGGACACUGAAAUAUUCUACCAAUUUACAUCCUUUUUAUCUCCAGGUAUUAUAUAUCACUGUGAUCUGACCAAAGAGGAACUGGAGCCAAGAGUUUUCCGAGAAGUGACUGUUAAAGGAUUUGAUCCUUCGGUUUACCAGACAAUUCAGGUUUUCUACCCUAGCAAAGAUGGCACUAAGAUCCCAAUGUUUAUUAUUCACAAGAAAGGAAUUAAAUUAGAUGGUUCUCAUCCUGCCUUCUUGUAUGGAUAUGGAGGCUUCAACAUAUCAAUUACACCGAGCUACAGUGUGUCAAGACUUAUUUUUGUGCGACACCUGGGAGGUGUUCUAGCGGUGGCGAACAUCAGGGGCGGGGGUGAAUAUGGAGAGACCUGGCACAAAGGUGGUAUCCUGGCCAACAAACAAAAUUGCUUUGAUGACUUUCAGUGUGCUGCCAAAUACCUCAUCAAGGAAGGUUACACAUCCCCAAAGAAGCUGACUAUUAAUGGAGGCUCAAAUGGGGGCCUCUUAGUUGCUGCCUGUGCUAAUCAGCGCCCUGACCUGUUUGGUUGUGUUAUUGCCCAAGUGGGAGUGAUGGACAUGCUCAAAUUCCACAAGUACACCAUCGGCCAUGCUUGGACCACUGACUAUGGUUGCUCUGACUGUAAAGAGCAGUUUGAAUGGCUGCACAAGUACUCUCCACUUCACAAUGUCAAACUUCCAGAAGAAGAUGGCAUCCAGUAUCCCUCCACACUGCUUCUCACAGCAGACCACGAUGACCGUGUGGUCCCUCUGCAUUCGCUGAAGUUCAUCGCUACCCUGCAGUACGUUGUGGGCCGAAGCAGUAAACAAACCAAUCCACUUCUCAUCCAUGUUGACACCAAGGCUGGGCACGGAGCAGGAAAGCCAACUGCUAAAGUUAUAGAAGAAGUGUCAGAUAUGUUUGCUUUUAUAGCACGAUGUCUAAAUCUUGAGUGGAUUGAAUAGGCAAAAUGCUUAUUACUGUCUCCUUUAGAAAACAAGGGCUUUAACAUUUAAGAACAGCCAGACUACUACUUGGUGUAGUACUUACAUUUAAGAACUGCAGUUUAAUAUUUUAUUGAUCCAACCUGCUAGGGAGUUUUGAUCUUCUGUACUUCCCUCUUUUUGGCAUUUCUUUCAUUUUUUUUUUCUAUUGCAUUCCAAAUUACAUUUUGAAAAGCAUGUUCAAAAAAAUAGCUGAGCUACUCUCAGUACUGCUGUGAAAAUUUAGAUUUCAAAUUUAGUGCUAGUUGAACUUAUUUCCUAUAAACAAUUUUAAUGUAUUUCACCUAUAAACAUAUCCAAAACAUUUGUAAUUAAAUGUAAGUACUGUUCACAUACAAGAACUCUGAGCAUAUUUUAUUUACACACUAAUUUAUUUAAGAAUGUAAAUUGAAGGUGUUCAGUGAUAACCAUGAAAAAAUGAAGAGACAGUAAUCCAGUUAUGUCAAAUAUUAUUAAAAAGCUUGUCUUACAUUCUGUUCAUAAACAUGUUACAGUCUGUAAUAGUGAUGUUGCUAAAUUGUUCUUUCCAAAGAGAGUUCAAAAUGUCACCAGUUUUCUCUUUGGCCAUUUAUUUCCGCACAGGAGAGAAAACUGGAGGCUGAAAAACUUGAAGAAAUCUUAGAUUCUCACUGUAAUCUCAGUCAAGCUAUACAGAUACUCUCCAACAAUCCAUGUGAAAUAAUUUCUUUAACUGUUUCUGAAGAGUAGAUCAGGCACUGAUUUAAAUAAAUGAGCAAAAUAUAAGCUAACACAAAACAAAAGAAAA